AUGUCUCGAUUGGUUCCUUACUUGGUGACACCGGAACCAAAACGGAUAGCCCGUUUCAUUGGGGGUUUAGCCCCGGAGAUCAAGGCUAGUGUAAAAGCAUCUCGACCGACUACCUUUAGGUCUGUAGCUGAUCUGUCACUAUCUCUUACCUUUGAUGCGGUCAGGCCAAGGUCGCUUAGGAAUUCUGAUGAGGGAAAGAGUAAGCGUGAGAAUGAUAACUCACAUCGUUCAGACAAGAAGCACAAUGGGAACUCUGAUCACAAGAAGAGUUCAGGGUUCAAGAAAGAGGACCAACAGUCGGGUGUGAAGCCCAAAUGCAAGACUUGCAAGAAGUGUCAUCUGGGAAAGUUCAGGUAUGAAUCAAAGUCCCAAUCACAGCCUAGGGCUUGUGGGAUCUGUAAAUCUUCUGAGCAUAAGACAUUGGAUUGUAAAAAGAUUAAGGAUGCGACUUGUUACAAUUGUAACGAGAAAGGGCAUAUCAAGUCCAACUGCCCAAAGUACGCGAAGAAACCUGAAAAAGGCAAGAAGACCAAUGCCCGGGUCUUCCAGAUGAAUGCUCAAGAAGCAAUCCAGAAUGAUAAUGUGAUAACAGAUAUUAACUGA